CACAGCUGUGUUGACAAACCUCAGCCCACCUGUCAAGUCGGGAGAAUCGGAUACGUGGAUAGUUUGUUUGGGUUGUUUCACCACCUUUCACCUGUGCGAACGCAGAUUUUUCCCUCGAAACUCCAGCAAAAAUGAACGAAGCGGAAAUCCCCAUCGACAUCCACGCCGGCAAGCUGCAGGACUGGCUGGUGUCGCGGCGGAUCGUGGCCAAAACCUGGCACCAAAAUGUUCGCGAAGUUCGCAGCAAAAUCAGCAGCGCCCUCACGGACAUGCCCGCCCACGAUGGGCUCGUUCAGCUGCUGAUGGGGGCCCACAUCAACUAUUUUCACUGCCAGCAGAUCAUCGACAUCCUGAAGACAACGGAGGCCGACUCGAAGAACGUAUUUGGCCGAUACGGCAGCCAACGGAUGAAGGACUGGCAGGAGAUCCUGCGGCUGUACGAACGGGACAGUCUGUACCUGGCGGAGGCGGCCCAGAUUCUGGUGCGGAACAUCAACUUUGAAGUGCCUGGGAUUCGAAAGCAAAUCAAGAACUUUGAACAGCUGGCCGAGGAGGCCGACAAGAAGAUCGUCGACCUGCAGCGCUCGGAAACGGUCGUGAUGGCCGAGUACCAGACGCUCUGCAAGCAGCUCGGCAUUGCCGGCGACAACGUCCGCCAGGAGCUGGUGAAGAAGGUGGGCGAACUGCCCGAAAUGCUCAACAAGAUCGCCGCCUCGGUUCCAGCUCUGAAAAAGGCCAUUGAGUUGUAUGGCGCCUUCUUAUCGAACGCUGGCUGCUUGCCGGUGCUGCGUCACGUUGCGACAACAGGCAACACCACCGUGUACGAGUUCCUGUACUCGGAACCGCCGCUGUCCAUCGAGGAACCACCCGUCAAGUUCCAAACGGACGAGGAACCAGCGGAAGAUCCCGCCGGGGGAAUCGACUUUGGUGAUGACAACGCGGGUGCCAUCGACUUUGGUGGGGACGCUGGAACGAUCGAUUUUGGGGGCGCCGACGAGGUUAACCUGGAAGUUGGGGACAUCGAUUGGGGAGCUCCGGCUGACGAAGCGGGUGGAGCAGAAAUUGACUUUAGCAUUUCGCUGGAAGAGAGCGGAAUUGUGGUGGAAAGUGAUGGCAACGCGGGAGGGGUGGCCCGUGGGGACGAGGCGUACUGUAUGUUUGAUUCGCCCGAGUAUCGGGAAAAGUUUAUCAACGAGCUGCUCGAGCUGGAAGCGUUUUUGCGGAUGAGGUUGUACGAGCUGAGCACGGCCGACAAGGUGCAGAUUCUGUCGCUGACGAUGAUGGACAACUUUCCGGAUCACGACGCGAAAAGUUUGACGGAGAUGUUGUCGCACGUGGACGUGGUGUACAGCAAUUUGAGCAGCGCCCAGAUUCAGCAUCUGCACCAGAUUAAACAUUCGCCAAAAUACGUGGACAUCCUGACCGGCAAGCUGAAGCAGAAGCUGCUCGCGGUCGAAAAGAUGAAGGACACCGGCCGGCUGAAGCGCGACCAGGCCGCCAGCUUCCGGUCGCAGGGCGCCCACCUGCAGCCCACCCUCGCCAAGGUCAUCGAGCAGACGCGCACGCUUCAGGGCCAGAUCGAGGCGGACAUUUCGCGCCGGUACAAGAACCGCGUCGUCAACCUGAUGGGGGCGAAUUUGUAGACUUUUUGUUUUUUUUUUUUUUUUUUUUGCAUGGAAAUUGUGAAAGUUUUAACGAAAAUUGUUUAUUUUUUCUGUUCGCAAUAAAGUUUAUUUUUCUGAUUGAUGGAACUUAAAACAGA